GCGACAACUUUGGAUGGCACAACUGUAUGUCGUCCGAUGGAUCGCAUCAACGGCUGCCGACACGCCGACCGACAUCGACAAACUCUGCGCAGCUGUACCAGAUGAUUUGGCAACAGUGAUUCGGAAGCACACCGACAUUUUUCCAGACAACCUACUGGCGGGAUUGCCACCUCAGCGGCCGCAUGACCACAAAAUCGAGCUUGACCUUGGUGCGCAGCCUACUGUUCGGACCCAAUGGCGGCUGACCCAGCCCGAGUUAGAUGAACUUCGACGCCAGCUGGACUACCUACUGAAGAAAAGUUUCGUCCGCCCCAGUACAUCACCAUUUGCAGACGAAGAAAGAUGGCGGUCUACGUAUGUGUGUCGACUACCGCGUCUUGAAUCGGAUUACCAUCAAGUCUUGCUACCCCAUUCCACGUGCAGACGACCUCAUCGACCAGCUUCGCAGGGCCAGAUUUUUUCCGAAGAUUGACCUGCGAGGCGGUUACCACCAACAU